AUAUUAACUAUACAAGAUUCUCACGGUGGCAUUUACAUUCAUGUGCAAAAACUUGGUGCACAGUCCCCUGAUCUCACUGCCCACCCGUUCCAAGUCCCUCAGUGAUUCCCUUUUUAUUCAGCUGCUUUCUGAGUACAUGCCAUGUCAUGUGGACUCCUGUUGAGAGGACUGACAGGCCACAAUGGAUGGUCUCUUAGGGAAGGGCACCAAUGUGUCUGCUUUGGCAGGAAGCCUCCUGCUUGGUGGUUAUGUUAGGAUCUUCAUGGCAGUUCAAGGUCAUGAUUGGCAAGGGCAGAGGAAGUAGUCAGACGCCAUUGUUUGGAUAUUAUAUAUUGAACAGGGCAGCUGAAAAGAAUUCAAGAACAGAGUAAGUGAAAGUGUAAAGAGAGCCUGCAAACUCUUAGGAAGUUUAGCUAAUUUCUUCUUGGCCUCUAUUUGGACAGUUACCCAACAAGUAAAGUGUCUCUCUGUCUAUCCCACACCAAAUGACCCUGAAUCUUUAAGAACCCCCAUGCUCCUUCUGUUUCAUCUCCUUAUCCCUAUUCCUGACUUCUCCAUCCUCUGUAUACCUAAUUCCUAUCAACCAUUUGCUGGUUCCACUCUCUGAUCCAAGGUCAUUUUUAUGAACACAGAAUCUAGGUAUGCUGGCUUUCCCAUUGAGCUACUAAACAAGGUGCAUCAGCUGACCCUGAAGGACUCUCCUCAGGGUGAAUACAGCUAGUUGAAUCACAUCUGAUUGCAGUGUGUGUGUCUGUGUGUGUGUGUGUGUGUCUAAAAAUAUGUGCCUGUGCACUACAAAGUCCCUGUUAAAAACUUCAGUCUUAAUAGAACGGUAGUAACAAGUGGGGAGUCAGGAGCACUAGAGUUUGUCACACAGCAGAACAUGUGGCCUUUAAGAAAAGCCUUCAUAGACUGACUUCAUGCUUUUCCUUGAUCAUGUGAGAAAACACACAAAGUACCAAUUAGAGCUAGAGUGCAGUCCUGCUGUACACUCGGGCCCCAGGUACUUGAUCUUAUCUUGUGAAUGUCCAUUGAUCAUACUUUGUGAAUGUCCAGAUACAUAAGCAACCCAUUUCUGUUGUUUUUAAGUGACAAAACUGAGGCAUUUUGUUUGAGAGGAAGAGCCUAGGGUGCCAAGGUAUGGCUCCAUCUUCCUCAUGUUGUCUUAGGGUUCUGGCAGACAAAUAUUUUCUUCAUCAUUUUGAACACAUCAGAAAAUUGACUCUGGAAUCCUGGGGUUUGGUGUGAAGUCUCAGGCCUAAUGGGUAUCAUGUUAUGAAUGAAGUCAUCUUUAACCCCCAUAGAUGUUAGUCCAGGCCCUGGGUUUCUGUGGAACACGGCAUUUUGUCACAGCAUCCCAAUGUAGUCAGAGGCUGCCUCCUGUGAGUGAAUGCUCCUGAGCUAUCUCCCCACACAUACACUCUGGGUUUUCAGAUGUCUGUUGUCUUGGUAACUGCUAUUGCAACUGGUUUUACUAGAGGCUCAUCUCUGUGAGUGUUGGGUGCAGUAAGAGGAUCAUGACCCUCCCCCAAUGAAUGGCUCUUAGAUUCUAUGACCUUUGUUUCAUUCUAUGAGUUUCUGGAUGGUUCCUGACAGUGCCAUUGGUGUCACAUUCUGCAGUCCAUGGCUAUGGAAGAUACUUAUUUCUCUUCCUGACCAUCAAGUACCUGGUUAGGUUGUCUGCAAUGUCUCUAAGUGCCUUCCUUUAGGACAUAGGAAUGUGUAGCUAUGGAAAGUUUCCUGGGCCUGAUAUGAACCCUUUCUUUCAACUAACCCAUUGUGAAUUUGUUUCUAGCCAUUUCAACAAGGACCCUACCAUGGAGCAGGGCAGGGACCCCUACUACUCCUCUGAGGAGUCCUUCAUGACUGACUAUAAGAUGAUGAUGACCUUGGGCUGGGGACAUUUUUCAGAGGUGAAACUGGCCUUCCACAUUCCUACUGUUACCUGUGUGGCUGUAAAAGUACUUAUAAAUAAGAAGAAUGCAUCGCUUGUCAACCGUGAAGUCAAUAUCAUGAAAUCUCUGAAACACCAGAACUUCAUUAAGUUGUUGCACGUGCUCCAAUCAAGAGAGACCACCUUCUUGGUGAUGGAGUACGCAUCAGAGGGAGAUCUUCUUCGACACAUUCUGGAAGUGGGGUCCUUAGAGGAGAGGGAGGCGCGACAACUAUUUUCCCAGAUACUCCUUGCAGUGGAGUAUUGCCAUAGCAACCGUAUUGCCCACAGGGACAUUAAGGCCAAUAACAUACUCCUGGACAGCAGAGGUGAUGCCAAACUGUGUGAUUUUGGCCUUGCUGCCAACGUGACCCCAGGACAGCUGCUGAAGGACUUCUGUGGCACUCUGCUCUACUGUGCCCCAGAACUCUUUGCAGAGGAGGCCUAUGAUGCGUAUGCCACAGAUAUGUGGAGUCUAGGUGUGCUCCUCUUCCUAAUGGUGGUUGGGCGCUUUCCCUUCCAGGCCAGCUCUUCUGAAGGUGUUAGGCGUCAGAUCCUUGCUGCAAACUUCAGCAUACCUCAGCAUGUUUCCAUGGAUAUUUUCAAUGUCAUCGUAGAACUGCUGAUGAUCAACCCGAGCAGGAGGCCCACCAUUGACCAAAUCAUGAGGCGCCCCAUGAUCAGGGACAGAAAGGCACAUUCACCACCUACUUCCACACAGAAACUCCCAGGCGCCCUGAGCCCUAACAUUGUAGGCACCAUGAUGGUCAUGGGAAAUAAGUAUGAGGAAAUCAUGGAUUCUCUGAGAGACCCAAACUACAACCAGGUGAUGGCCACUUACCUGAUUCUCCAACACCAGUCUCCUGGGGGAGACUGCUGCCAUCACCAGGUGAAAUCCAUGCAGCCAGACCUUGUCCUCAACCUGGAUGAUCUUCACACCUUCCCUGUGCCCCUAAGGCGAGCUAGCGAGCCUGCUCCCCUGACCUUCACCUUGUCAUCCAAUCCCCAGGAGAGAGAGCAUGAGAAGAAUGCCAGGCAGUGUGGCACAAGGCAUAGCAUGCCUGCCACCCUGUGCCACCACUCAGAGAGGACCCGACCUCCCCACCAGGUCUACCUGAACAGGCAUCCUGCUCUUUUCCUCACGUGCAGUAGCGAGGAAAUGAGCGAGAAUUUCUCUGAGUCGAUGAUUGGGAAAAGUGGCAGCCUGAGGGCCAGUGUCCACCCAUCAUGACUCUUAAUGUACACUGCUUCUUCUAGUCCAGAGCACAAUGAGACCACACGUGACACAGGCAACAGAGCUUCCUGCAGUUACCAAGAGGAAUUCGGGAGCUCAGUGGAGACAGUUCAGGGUGUAAUCCCAAAGGCUCCUCCUCCUCUUGGAAUACAUUGCAGGAAGACACCAUGACACAAGAAGAAGACAUUAGUGAGCAAGUGAAUAUCACACAGGAAGAGGCCAUGAAUGAGGAAGGUACCAUCACACAAGAAACCACCAUAACCCAGGAAGUGUCCAUCACAGAGGAAGUGACUAUAACCCACCAAGAAGCCACCACAAAAGAAGCAACCAUAACCCAGGAAGAGGAUGAUACACCUGAAAUGACCAUGACUCAGGAUGACUCUAUCACAGAGGAGAAUGCCAUCACCCAUGGCCAGCCUGAGGUUGCCGGCCCAGCUUCCUCCCAAAGCCGUAGGCGCCACAGGUGGAAGGGGGCCAAGAGAGCAAUGGUGAACUGCCUCAGACACCUGUGCUGCUGCCUGGCCCCUGCCAAUAGAAGCCACGACUCCUGUAAGAACCUGGCUCCAAGGAAACAGGAUCGUGGAGUCAACCACAGAACCAGCGCAGAAGACGUCCAGACCCAGCUCCGUGGCUUGUGAGCCCCGGGUUGGAGAUGGGCCUGGCUGAGAUGAGGACAAACCACUGGGGAGCCAGGCCAGAUGUCCAGGAGGAAGUGUGUCUGCAGGCUCUUCCUGCAGAGGAAGAAAAGCUGCCCACUCCAGCUCAGCUCUCACCAGGCCGCCAUUCACAUUGGGAACUGAAUUCUGUACACAACACCAUUUGCCACAGCGUGAGGGAAUGAUGGGUGUCCUGAUCGUGGUCAAACCUGAAACCUUCAUGAGGGAGCAGCAACCUGCUGCAGGCCCUGCCUACUGCCAGCCACAGUCUGCUCUCUGCUGGGUGAUGGUUCCUUCCAUUUCUGUGACUCUUCGCAAGUUGCGCAUUCUCCCACAGAUAAGCAGCCCUUUGCACAUCGUUUGGGAGAGCUUCUGGAAAACAUCCCUGUCCACCCUACAGUCACAGGAGCAUGAUCUCAUCUUGUGUCCUCCUUCUCCCUAGACUGUCCCAACAUGUCAUGGCACGAGGCACGGAGAAGUCUGUGUGACUAUCUUCUGUCCAGCUUGACCCUAAAUUGAACCCUGGAAGAGAAGGUUCCUGGAAUCGUCGUCUUGCUAGGACAUUGUUUGUGCUCCACAGCAUGUCCCUGUUGUGUUGCACAAAGGUGAAUCAUAAUUUUCUGAGUGUCCUCUGAGCAACACUAAGCUCAUAGGAAAGACACUUUUGUACCAAAUCUGAGAAGAAAGGGGUAUCUUAUUACACUCUGAGGUGGAACGAGCAUCCCAGAGCCCUAUGCUUUCCCAACCACCAUCUGCAACUCUGGGAAAGGAGAUUCCCCAGGAUCCUGUGCUUGCCUCAGCCACAGGACCAGGCUGAGCUUCUCAGACAGAGCUGAGAAGGACUUCUCAGAGGACUCUGUCCAGCCUGGGAGGGAGAUCUGACUUGGCAUACAAUUAUGUUGUUUGCCUGAGCUCGAGAGACCCUGGUUUCCUGUAUGCAGUACAGGCUUCCAAGGACUGGUAACCCUCCAAUCCCCAAAUGAAUGUUGGGGCUACAGGUGAGCACCUAAUCCUAUUGGGUAUUGUGGUUUUGUUUCUCAAUGAUGCAUGUAGCUGUGAAUAUCCUUAAAUUUUAAUCUUUCUAUCUCCAUGAACCAAAUGCAGGAAUUCCAGUAAUUCUCCACCAAGUCUGGUUUAUUUUUUCCUGGAGACAAAAUCCUACAUGCUGGGCAAGAGCUGUCCCAACUGAGUCAUACCUGUAUGUCAGCCUAGCCUGGGAUCCACUGUGUAGCUGAGGAAGACCUGGAGCUCUGGGUCAUCCCUAUGGAAUAACAGAUCUGCACCAUUGACCCUGCCUUUUCUCUUUCACUAUUUCUAGAUGACCUGACUUUCUACUGAGAGUCUUUUGAAGAACCGCAAACUCGAGCGUAGCCUUUUCUUCUGAAGCUGAAACAAAAUAGUUUUUAGAGCUGGGCUGCCCAGAUGUCCUUGAAUAAAUUUUAUAGACACAAUGCUGCUCCUGGCUGUGCUGUCAACAAUGAGAGACGACGGGUGGUCCCCUGGACAAAGACAUGCAGCAGUUGGCUGGAGAAACCUCCAAGAACCCAGAGUUAAGGACCAGACUGCAGGAGCUGAAGUCGAAGGGGGAGCUGGUGGAUUGUGGGACCUCAUCCCAGAAACUGCUGACCUUGCUGCAAAAGGAACUUUCCAGUCUGGAGCCCACAUGGACUUCUAUGACUGUUAAGACCAUGUCCUGCCACUGCGAACCCUCCACCUGACCUAACUCAAAUGUAACCAGUCAGAUACACCUAGCAGGGUGUGACUGGAACUAUCAGUCAUCAGACGGCUGGUGAAGGAAUUCAUAGAGAGGAGUGAUGCGUAUUGGAGAUAGUUCUCUUUGCACAGGAAGAGAACUGUUCUUUUCCAUACAGGUUUUCUCUGUGUAGCUCUGGCUAUGCUGAAACUUGCUCUUGAGACCACGCUGGCCCAGAACUCACAAAGAUCCUACUGUCUCUGCCUCCCAGGUGCUGGCAUUAAAGGCGUGAGCCACCAAUGGCAGGGCCAAGGAAGAGAACUUUAGAGCUUGGACGAGGAGGAAAGCUGAAACACUGAACAGAGGAGGUUGAGUGUCUUUUCUGUGGGAUGAGGAGGGUGGGAUCUGAUGUGGAAAGAGGACUAAGGACAUCACAUUAAUGCUCCUUGAAUUGC